AUGACUACCGCCGCCUGGGACCGCGAAAAGGCUCUUGCAGAGCAUGACGAACUGCUCAAGCGCGCGGCUACCACCGAAGAAGGUGACAUGAUCGCCACUAAGAACCACCUCAACUCGCCCAUUCUUCGUCUACCUGGCGAGAUCCGCAACCAAAUCUACAGAUACGUCUGCGAAACAACCACAAUCAGAUACGGCGAGAAUUACGAGAAGCGUCCCGAAGGUACUGGAACUGCCUGUCGCUUCACCCAAACAUUCCUUCUCACCUGCAAACAAUGGCACUCCGAGGCGAUUACACUCAUGUAUGGUCUCGCAACGUUCGAGGUGUCCAGUACCGAGGCAUGGCUUUCCCGUCAAAGCUUCAACCCCAAGUAUUGCAGCCUCAUUACGUCGCUCUCCGUUGACUCUGUAGUCAUAUCAACAGCGUUGAGGACGACCCAGGGAUACACCUAUGAAGAGGACGAAGAGUAUGAAGACUUGUUUCCAAAGUAUAUGCCUGGGAGCACCCUUCAGAACCAGGUCGACUCACCUCUAUUACGGCUGCCAGGAGAGAUACGCAACAAGAUCUACGCGUACGCGUGUUCCCGCACUCAGGCCGUCUUCAACAACAGUCCUCGAGCUCGCAAGUCCACAGCCAUCAUAUCCACCUGUUUUCAGAUGCGCCAUGAAGCCCACGCCAUCUUCUUCGCGCAUGCGACAUUAGAUCUGAGGGCGCUCCUGUUCUCGGAGUUCCCAGAGAAUCUUCCACACGCGGACUACCAGCUCGUCACUUCCAUCCAUCUACGAUCGCAGCGGAUUACAAGGCUCCUACGGGAGGAUGAGCAUUUUGUAGCGGAACGACAGGGAGCUAAACUCUUCCCGGAACUGGAACGAGUAUAUGUCGCUGGUUGGAGUAAAUCGCGCAUGCCAAAGGAUAGUUUGGGGGUUGACGCGCUACGAACUUGGGCGGGAAAUGCGGACUUGCAAGUGGCGCACAGCUCAGCGCUCUAG